CCUCUCUCUCUCUCUCGAAAAAGAAAUCACAGAGGUUGGUCAUAACUCAUAUAUGAGAGAUCAUCACUGAGAUCCCAAAACCCACAAAGUGAAGCAGGAGGAGAGAGAGAGAGAAGAGAGAAAAAAACAGUCCCCCAGUAGUGGUGGCUAUGGCUACACACAAGCCCCACAACAAGACAACCAGUCUCUACAGGAUGGUCUUCGUCACCCUUCUCUGUUCUGUUGCCUACCUAUUCGGCGUAUGGCAACACAGCGGUGGCUCCGACGUUAGCACCAACUCUGCCACCGAACUGCUUGGAACAAUCCGGUGCGUUCAGAUUAAAAACAUCACCCAGUUGCCUGCAAAGCCGACGGUUUUAGAUUUCUCGACCCACCACACGGCGGAGGGUGAGAUCACCGCGACGCCGGCGAGGGGUCCGAAGUACUUCCCCGCCUGCGACGCCAAGUACAGCGAGUACACACCUUGCGAGGAUGCAGUGAGGUCGUUGAAGUUCGAGAGGGAUAGGUUGAUCUACAGAGAGAGACACUGUCCUGAGAAGGCAGAACUACUCAAGUGUCGUGUGCCUGCGCCUUACGGUUAUAAGAAUCCGUUCACCUGGCCGACGAGCCGGGAUUUCGCCUGGUACGCCAACGUACCCCACAAGGAACUUACGGUGGAGAAGGCGGUCCAGAACUGGAUUAGAUUCCAACGCGACCGAUUUAGAUUUCCAGGUGGCGGGACCAUGUUUCCCCAUGGCGCUGGUGCCUAUAUCGAUGACAUUGACAAGCUGAUCAAUCUCAGAGAUGGGUCUAUAAGAACCGCCAUUGAUACUGGUUGUGGGGUUGCAAGCUGGGGAGCCUACCUUCUAUCUCGAAACAUUUUAACGAUGUCAUUUGCGCCGAGGGAUACCCAUGAAGCGCAAGUGCAAUUCGCUCUCGAGAGAGGGGUUCCGGCGUUGAUAGGAGUGUUGGCUUCAAACAGGCUUCCUUACCCGUCAAGAGCUUUCGACAUGGCUCACUGUUCUCGUUGCCUCAUUCCAUGGGGUCAAUAUGAUGGGCUUUACUUGAUCGAAGUCGAUCGAAUUCUACGCCCUGGUGGAUACUGGAUUCUAUCGGGGCCCCCAAUCAACUGGAAGCGACACUGGAAAGGAUGGGAGAGGACGGAGGAAGAUCUGUACAAGGAACAGUCGACGAUUGAGGCCGUAGCCAAGAGCCUCUGCUGGAAGAAAGUGGUAGAGAGAGGUGAUAUCGCAAUUUGGCAGAAACCCACCAAUCACAUUUACUGUAAAAAGAGCCGAAAGGUCAUCAAGCAACCAAAGUUCUGCCAGGGCCAAGAUCCUGACAAGGCCUGGUACACUAAAAUGGAGACUUGCUUGACUCCUUUGCCUGAUGCGUCCGACAUAAAAGAAAUUGCUGGUGGGCAGUUGGAUAAAUGGCCUGAGAGAUUAUAUUCAGUCCCACCCAGAAUUAGUAGCGGAAGUCUAGAGGGAAUUACAGCGGAGUCCUUCAGGGAGGAUACAGAGUUGUGGAGGAGGAGAGUGGGCUAUUACAAGAGCGUGAACAAUCAACUGGGACAGAAGGGGAGGUAUCGGAAUUUGCUGGAUAUGAAUGCUCACCUGGGUGGGUUUGCAGCUGCUCUCAUCGAUGAUCCAGUUUGGGUCAUGAAUGUAGUCCCUACAGAGGCGAAGCUCAACACACUUGGAGCAAUUUAUGAGCGUGGACUGAUUGGAACAUAUCAGAAUUGGUGUGAAGCCAUGUCUACGUAUCCCAGGACAUAUGAUCUCCUUCACGCUGAUUCAGUUUUUAGCCUUUACAAGGGCAGAUGUGAAAUGGAAGAUAUUCUGUUGGAGAUGGACAGAAUUCUAAGGCCAGAAGGUACUGUAAUCUUCAGAGAUGAUGUGGAUGUUUUGUUGGAGAUCAAGAGCAUCACAGAUGGAAUGAACUGGGAAAGCAAGAUUGUGGACCACGAGAAGGGGCCUCUUGAGAGGGAGAAGCUUCUGUUUGCAGUGAAGACAUAUUGGACAGCUUCAGCCCCUGUCUCAGAGAAAAGAGAGUCCAAAACAGCUUCCUAGAACGUUUUCAUUGAUUCUGCCUUGGGUUACCUCAAUAAUUUUCUUUUUGAUUAUUGGUUCACUAAUUCUUUCAACAUGAUUUGUUCAAGCAAUUUUUUUUUUUGGGUUUAUCCGUUAGGAUUGAGUGACUAUACAAAUCAGGGGAGAUGACCCACCUCACCGGUCAAUGGGCUCUGCCUCUUUGGAGUUGGCUUUUACACCAAACAACUUUUAGCCAUUGAUUGAUCUUUAUAGUGUUCUGAAUAGACAUAGUUGUUCUUUGGAUUGUCAAGAAAAUUAAAUAAUUCAUUGUACCUUCUAUUUCCAGUACAGUACAGUGCAAUUAAUCAA